AUGUCAAAAGUGGUUUGUAGGGUGAAGCGAAUUGGCGGUGGAUUUGGUGGGAAGGAGACGAGAUCUGCUUUUUUUGCUGCGGUUGCGGCAGUCCCCGCAUACAUUUUGAACCGACCCGUAAAACUUACAUUGGAUAGGGAUGUAGACAUGAUGAUAUCCGGUCAGCGACAUAGUUUUCUUGGGAAAUACAAGGUUGGGUUCACAAAUAAAGGAGUGGUGGUUGCUUUAGAUCUGGAAAUCUAUAACAACGGAGGGAAUUCACUUGAUUUGUCUCAAUCGAUACUUGAACGUGCAAUGUAUCAUUCAAAUAAUGUUUAUGAGAUUCCAAAUGUUAGAGUUUCCGGAAGUGUUUGUUUCACUAAUUAUCCUAGUAAUACUGCUUUUAGAGGGUUUGGUGGGCCCCAAGGUAUGUUGGUUGCUGAAAAUUGGAUCCAAAGAAUUGCAAUGGAAGUUAAGAAAAGUCCCGAAGAAAUCAGAGAAAUGAAUUUUAUUGGUGAUGGGUCGAUAUUACACUAUGGUCAACAAAUUCAAGGCUGUACUUUGCAUCGGCUAUGGGAUGAACUCAAGAAAUCUUGCAACUUCUUGAAAAUUCGAAGUGAAGUUGAUGAGUUUAAUCUUCAUAAUCGAUGGAAGAAACGUGGAAUUGCUAUGGUUCCAACUAAAUUUGGUAUUUCAUUUACUACAAAGUUCAUGAACCAGGCGGGUGCACUUGUUCAAGUGUAUACAGAUGGAACUGUGUUGGUGACACAUGGUGGUGUUGAAAUGGGUCAGGGUUUACAUACAAAAGUUGCUCAAAUUGCUGCUUCUGCCUUUGAAAUCCCUCUUACUUCUGUAUUUAUUUCAGAAACAAGUACUGACAAGGUUCCUAAUGCGUCUCCAACAGCAGCUUCAGCCAGCUCGGAUAUGUAUGGUGCAGCAGUUUUGGACGCGUGUAACCAAAUAAAAUCAAGAAUGGAGCCGAUUGCAUCCAUGAAACAACACACUUCUUUCAAGGAGUUGGUAAACACAUGUUAUUGUGAGCGUAUAGAUCUUUCUGCACACGGGUUUCACAUCAUCCCUGACAUCGGUUUCGAUUGGACAACCGGAAAAGGUCAUCCAUACAGGUACUUCACAUACGGGGCUGCAUUUUCCGAGGUUGAAAUCGAUACACUGACCGGAGAUUUCCACACAAGGGCUGCUGAUGUCAUCUUGGACCUUGGAUUCUCCAUUAAUCCAGCCAUUGAUGUUGGACAGAUUGAAGGAGCAUUUGUGCAAGGUAUGGGAUGGGUGGCUCUUGAGGAGUUGAAAUGGGGAGAUGAAGCUCAUAAAUGGAUUCAACCUGGUUUCUUGUUUACAUCUGGUCCUGGAAAUUACAAGAUUCCAUCUGUUAAUGAUGUUCCUUUCAAAUUCAAGGUUUCCCUAUUGAAGGAUGCUCCAAAUGACAAGGCGAUACAUUCAUCAAAAGCUGUUGGUGAACCUCCAUUCUUUCUUGCUUCAUCUGUGUUUUUUGCCAUUAAAGAUGCGAUUAUAGGUGCAAGAGCUGAAUCAGGGUUUCAUGGCUGGUUUCCUCUUGACAAUCCUGCAACUCCUGAGAGAAUCCGGAUGGCUUGUGCUGAUGACUUCACAGCUCCAUUUGCCAAAUCUGAUUUUCGACCGAAACUUAGUGUUUAG